CGCAGCCAAUGACGCUUAAGGUCAGCACAGAUUCUUCAGGAACGAGGUCCGGAGAGCACCACCACUACCAGCGUUUGCCACAGGAUGCGCCCCCCACCCCUCCUACCUUACUCAUACCACACCACCACCCCUCCUCACUCACUGCACCGCGAGGAACGCGCUGCUGCUGUCGCUCUGUCCCGUGUGGACGGACGUUAGACGGUACUCUUUCAGUCACGUGCCAACGUGUUGAUAUUGCACCCGAGGAACAGCGCCGUGAGCCUGAACCCGCUCUCACUACGUUAAACGCUGGAGACUUGAUUUAUAAGUGACAGACUGAUAUCACUGAUAAAUCCGCGUGGAGUAACUUCUAUUUUCCACUGACCCAAGUGGACCGUGUGUGUGUGUGUGUGUGUGUGUGUGUGAGUGAGUGUGUGAGAGAGUGAGUGUGUGUGGAGAAGUGACCUCCAGAGAGCAAGAAAGAGCGAGCAGGACAGAACUGAAUCUCUUGGCGUCCAAAUCAUGCCGGCUGGAUUUCAACAACUUGGAGGAGAGAGAAUAACUGGAACUCUUGCACUAUCAGUGUUCACAGCGGUGCUGGGCUCCCUUCAGUUUGGAUACAAUAUUGGAGUCAUCAAUGCCCCUCAAAAGAUUAUUGAAGCAGAGUAUAACUCAACAUGGACACAUCGCUAUUCAGAGCCCAUUCCCGAGGCCACACUCACCUCUCUCUGGUCUCUCUCGGUGGCCAUCUUCUCAAUUGGAGGCAUGUUCUCUUCUUUCUGCGUGGGAAUCAUCUCAGAAUGGCUUGGCAGGAGGAAAGCAAUGCUCAUCAAUAAUCUCCUGGCGUUCAUUGGAGGAGGUUUGAUGGGGAUGUCUAAAAUCAGCCAGUCGUUUGAGAUGAUGAUUUUAGGACGUUUCACUAUUGGGGCCUAUUGUGGGUUGGCAUCAGGGUUGGUGCCCAUGUAUGUGGGGGAGAUUUCACCAACCAAUCUGAGAGGAGCUCUGGGCACACUGCACCAGCUAGCCAUCGUCACUGGAAUACUGAUUGCUCAGAUUUUGGGCCUUGAGUCUUUGCUGGGCAGUGAGGAGUUAUGGCCUGUGUUGAUGGGUAUUACAGUGAUCCCUACAGUCCUCCAGAUGGCGUUGUUGCCCUUCUGUCCAGAAAGCCCACGUUUCCUUUACAUCAUCCGCUGCCAGGAGCACCAUGCCAAGAGUGGCCUGAGACGGCUUACGGGGCGGUUGGAUGUGAGUGAGGACUUGGCAGAAAUGAAGGAGGAGAAAAGGAGGAUGGACAUGGAGAGGAAGGUGUCGAUUGCUGAGCUUUUCCGCUCUCCGCUCUACAGGCAGCCAAUCAUCAUAGCCAUUCUACUGCAGCUCUCUCAACAGCUGUCAGGAAUCAAUGCAAUUUUCUACUAUUCCACCAGCAUAUUCCAAAAGGCUGGAGUGGAGAGUCCAGUCUUUGCCACCAUAGGUGCUGGAGUUGUCAACUGUGCUUUCACUGUGGUCUCGCUUUUCCUGGUAGAGAGGAUGGGUCGACGGACGCUGCACAUGCUUGGACUGGCUGGAAUGUGUGUGUGCGCAGUUGUCAUGACAAUUGCUCUCAACUUAUUAGAAGGUGUGCCAUGGAUGAGCUACAUCAGCAUGCUGGCCAUCUUCGGCUUUGUUGCUUUCUUUGAGGUGGGACCAGGACCCAUUCCCUGGUUUUUCGUGGCUGAGCUCUUUUCUCAAGGGCCCAGGCCUGCAGCUAUGGCAGUGGCUGGAUGCUCCAACUGGACUGCAAACUUCAUCAUUGGCAUGGGUUUCCAGUACAUUGCUAACCUCUGUGGCCCAUAUGUCUUCCUCAUCUUUGCUGCACUGCUCUUGUUCUUCUUGCUGUUCACCUUCUUCCGAGUUCCUGAGACACGAGGAAAGACCUUUGACCAGAUUUCUGCCAACUUCCACCGCCACCCGCAAACCAUGAUGGACAUGGAUCUGGACAUGGAAUUAGACAAGCCCAGUACAGAGUUGGAAUACCUAGGAGCUGAUGGGACAGAACACUGAAGCCCAAGAGGUGGAAGGAAACCUGUCAAAGAGAACAAAGUCAGAUUUAGUUAAGGGGAACUAAAUGUACAUUACAAAUAAGACACAGGUAGUACUUCUGUACUUCUAUUGGACAGGGUGUAGAGGUGUUUCAGAGAAAAAAAGACUUUGGAAACUUGGAUUUCUGCACUUUAUCUGCACAAUGUUUUGAGUGUUGAGAUGAAAAGCCAGUUAUGUUUGUAUAUUUAUACACUGAAUUCUGUGUAGAUGCUUACUGCUGGUCAUAUUCAUGAUGCAUAUUUAGCUUUAAGCUUUUUUAACAGAAUGUGUUUCUGAAAUUUUAACAAAAUAGUCUAAUGCUCAACACAAAGCAUUCAUAUUCUGAUGCAUUACACUGCACAUAAUUGCUGUUUUUGCAUCAUAGAAUAAAAUACCAGUUCAGAAUGCCUGUUUAGAGCAGUGAUUCUCAAACCAGUUCUCAAGGCCCCAAGACUGUCCCAUAUUUUGCUUCAUCACAGUUCCUAUGCAAAAGCAAACAUGGGCCAUCUUGCGGACUCCUGAAAGUGGUUUGAGAACCAGAGUUUUUAAAGAGUGAUUGUUUUCAUUUUUGAAACUGCUAGAGGGAAGAAAAGAUGUUAUGAAAAAUGAGGAUGUGUUACAUGUCAAGCAAUCCAGAUAUUGGAGAAGGAAAAAGGACCUUUAAUUGUGCUAUAUGGCUCUGUUUUGUGUUUGUAAGGCUUGUGUCAGUGAUGUGAAUGUUACAUGUGGAAUUAAGACUUAAUGCAAGUUAUAUAUAGAAGCCCUAAUUUAACAUCAGCAAGAGAACUGUGUGAACAGGUGCCCAAAAUAAAUAGCAAUAGUAAUGAGUAACCCAUA